GCCGCCGCCGACGAGGAGGCGCCGCGGGCCGCCGCCGGACUGCAGCUCGGCGCGGCCGUCGCCGUGGUGAGCCCGUCCGGUGCCGAGAGGGAGUGCACCGUCGUCGGCGCGAGGGGGGACCAGGUGAAGAUACACUACGACGGCUUCGACGACGAGUACGACGAGUGGCUGCCGCGAGACUCGGACCGCAUCCAGCAACUCCUGGAGCAGCCGGGCCCCCCCACGCCGGCGCCGCCCGCGGCCGCGCGCGAGGCCGCCGGCGACGAGGAGGCGCCGCGGGCCGCCGCCGGACUGCAGCUCGGCGCGGCCGUCGCCGUGGUGAGCCCGUCCGGUGCCGAGAGGGAGUGCACCGUCGUCGGCGCGAGGGGGGACCAGGUGAAGAUACACUACGACGGCUUCGACGACGAGUACGACGAGUGGCUGCCGCGAGACUCGGACCGCAUCCAGCAACUCCUGGAGAACAGCCAGAUCCACCCGCGGGCGGCGCGCGGGAGGAAGCCGUGGCGCCUGCAGCCGGAGCAGGAGGUGGCGCCGCCGAGCGGAGCGCCGCCGAGGAGGAGGCGGCGAGCGAGCAGCGGCGCAGGCUCUUCGGCGCGCUGGCGAUGUGCAGGGACACGCAGGACAGCAGGUACGCUCGGGUGCUUCGCGACAUCACCAAGGAGGGCGUCCUCACGAGGAAGGAGCACUACACCGCGGCGCUCAAGGCGAUGGCGAAGAAGGCGGACUCGUCGGGCUGCAUCAAGGUGCUGAGAUCUCUGCAGCACUCUAACUUGGGCUGGAAGCCCGACCAGCAGAUAUUCGCCACGGUGAUCUCGGCCUGCAUGAGGGCUGGAGAGCCGCUGGAGGCCCAGAAGUUGUUGGAGGAGAUGCAGCGGCGCGGCAUCCCUGCGGACACGGUGACCUACACCAACGUCAUCGGUGCGUACGCGCGGGUGGGUAAGGCGAAGAAAGCAUUGGAGCUCUUCCGGGACAUGCGCGAGGCUGGCGUACCUCAGGACGUCGUGACCUACGGCGUGGCAAUGCGGGCAUGCGAGACGUGGGGCCAGUGGAAGGCCGCGGUGCAGCUCUUCGAGGAGAUGCUGGAGGCGGGCAUCGCUCCAGACGUGUACAUCUUCAAUAGCCUUAUCCUGUCGUGCGGCAACAAGAAGGAGGCCACCGGCAGGGUGAUGCAGAUACUCGACCAAAUGAAGGAGAUGUGCAUCGAGCGUCCUCAUUGUCAUUGUCAGUGUCAUCUUCAUUGUUAA